AUGUCAACUACUUCUGACUCCCCGGCAGGUGGAGCUCAUGAAGGUCUGCAGCACUUAGGCCCUUUUGGCAACAUCCCAAACAUCGUGGCAGAGCUGACCGGCGACAACAUUCCCAAGGACUUCAGUGAGGAUCAGGGCUACCCAGAUCCUCCAAAUCCCUGUCCCGUUGGAAAAACAGUAGAUGAUGGCUGUCUAGAAAACACUCCUGACACAGCAGAGUUCAGUCGAGAAUUCCAGUUGCAUCAGCACCUUUUUGACCCGGAACAUGACUAUCCAGGCUUGGGCAAGUGGAACAAGAAACUCCUUUACGAGAAGAUGAAGGGAGGACAGAGACGGAAGCGGAGGAGUGUCAAUCCAUAUCUACAAGGGCAGAGACUGGACAACGUUGUUGCAAAGAAGUCAGUCCCACAUUUUUCAGAUGAGGAUAAGAAUCCAGAAUAAAGUGAAGAUACCAGGCCCACAUCACCAUUAGGCCUCUGUAUUGCUACAUGCACGUUAUUAGAGCCCCCAUGAAUGGUAGCAUGUUUCUAAAUUAGGUAACUAUGGAUGAAAAGCAGCUGUAUUUUGAUAGUGCAUUGUCCUUCACACUGAUAAUUCUACUUUCUGCUAAAUGAGAAUAAGAGCUUUUUUAUUUUAACUGUGGAUCUGCAGUGAGCACUCAAAUUAAACUGUAUAUGUCAAAAACAAUAAAAAACAAGACUGUAGAUGAAAUAUUCUAAGAUUUCUUGCAGCUUGAAAUGGUGUUUUUGGCUGCACUGUUUUGGCCAUUCCAUGAAAAACUGGCAUUUGAUUUUGAUUAUGUAUUUCAUCCAGCCCUUGGGCAUCAUUACACACCAAUAAAGAAGAUUGUACUCAAGAGGAAGAGAUGACACAUUUCACUUGGCUACAUCUUAAUAAAUGUGUAUGCAAGCA